AUAUACAUUUGUCCAAAAGGGCAUGACUGGGUUUGUUUACGCAAGUGCCUUUUAAAGUGUGUUUGUGUCCCUUGGUAGAACACUAUUGGAACAAAAUAAUGUUUUCCAAGGGUCUUACUGUAAAUCAGAAAUUUUACAUAGCUUUACAAAAAAAAAAUCACCUUAAACAUUGUUUCUUUUGCAUAAUACAGAUGUUUAUGUUACUGUAUUUCAUGAUGUAACGUGCUGUAACAGGAAGACAUUUCUGGCUUUGAAAAUGGAAUUCUGUAGAAAAUAUGUCGCCGCUUUUUGUGUUUUUAUCAUUGAUUGACAAGUAAACAAAUAACUGUUAUUCUUGACAAAUGCGUGUUGGGCGUUUGUUAGCUGUUGCUAUAGCAACAACAUUGGACUCGGGUGGCCUCAGCAAGAAGUUACAGCGGUUGCAGCCAAGAGUGACUUACUACCUUCGCUGAAGAAUGUCUACGCGUGGAAAAAAUACCCAUCUGAUCGGCGGAUCAACUCUGGAGAGUAUCGAUGUGAUACGGAACCACUCGAAGCUCUUCCGAGGAGAAUGCACGAGACUGAUCAAGGAUUUCAGCAAAUCUUGCCAGCGCUUGGAGGAUGAUGACAGUGAGCGGCUGGAUCAUCGCGUCCGGGACAUUCAUUUUGUGAAGGAGGAGCUCCAGCUGAAAUUGGAGGAGAACAUUUUGGAGAUUGAGAAGCUCAUUGGCCUGCAGAACAGAGUGACGAAAGCCAUUGAGUCCUGCAAGGAGCCGCUCAGAGUCACUCUUCGCUGUAUAGAUGAGAGAAAUAAACCCGCUGAGAAGGUCCACGAUGAAGUGGCCGGGGAGCUGCUGAAAGAGACUGACCUUACCAAAGGAGUUAUUGCCCUCAUGCAACGUGUGGUGAAGCAGAUCACUGAGCAAAUACGAUUGAACCAGUCAGCUAAAUUCCAACUUGAACAGGACCUGAAGGAAAAAUAUGAGGCGCACCAGUUAGAUACUUCUUGUGCCUCAAUGUCACCACAUUCCCUCAUCAACACACAACAAACAUCAAAUGGCAAGACUGUUUCCCCGAGUUUAUCUGUGACACCCGCAGAGUGGGGGAACCACUCUGAUUUCAACAUCGCUAAAGCAGAACAGCAGAAGAGAAAUUCUGUGUCCCUGAGGGCCCUGGUAGAGUCUCUGCUGGGACAGACCGCCGCUGAUAUGCAAAAACAGUUUGAAGCCACAACAGCGGCCUUUCAAUUCAAUAUCAAGCAACUUAAGACUGUCAAAACGCAGGUGGAGGAACAACUUUCCAAGGUCUUAUCAGAAUUUGCCAGCCAGCAGAGAAACCGAGACGAUCUCUUGGUGGCUGUCACAGAGAAUGAGCAUUUUCUGAGUUUGGCUCAGGCAAGGCUGGAUUUGCGUCAGCGGCGGCCCCCUAAAGAGCAGUGCCACGAUCUAGCGCAAUCUCAGCUCCUCACAGAGGUCGGCCAGCUUACCUGUCAAAUCACCAAGUUGCACGAGACGGUCGAGCAGUCAGAAGAGCAGCAGAGGGCGCUAAUUCGCUGCCAGCUGGAGCUGGAACAUAACAUAAAGGUCAAGGCCCGACUCCUCUACGUUGACGAGGUCAUCUGUGGCCAACUCAGGAAGCCUAUUGUCAUACAGAACUUCUGACCACGCGGUCUCCUGCAUACACGUGCUAUUCAACUUAUUGUGUAUAAAUUAAGUUCUAAAAUGUAUUUUAUCAAAACAUUUUCUAUAAGUCAGUUCUUUAAUAAAUUCACAAUUAUCCCUGCAUGUUAA